AUGCAGGAGCUGAGCCAGUGGCACGAGCGAGUCAGACCCGAGCGGGUUGACGAGCAGAGCUCGAGAGGACGCCUAGUCUCGUUCCGCCGUCUGUUCGUAGUGCUGGUCUGUGCGACUGUACUUGUCCUAGCAUGUUGGAGCGCCUCGCGCCGGCAUGAGACUCCAGGGCAUGAAGAUUUUCUGCUGCAGAAAGGCAGACUGAAGCACUACGUGCAGCUGAAGGAGAGGCUGCUGAGGAGUGUUGUGGGCAAAAGGGACAACAUAAGAGCAGCGAUGCUGGUAAAGUCGCAGAUUCUAGCUGAUCUCCUUGGGAGAUCCAGGAAUGGUGAUACAGGAGGGGAUGAUGAUGAUGUGCGCUGGAGUUCGGAGGCUGCGGCAGGGAUACAUGAGAAGGCAAGAAUCCUCAAUGACGUACUUGAGAGGCAAAUUUUCGACCUCGACUCUCCACAAAAUUCGAAGGAUUCAGAGACUGCAGACAUCAACAGCGAGAUUGCAGACGUGAAACAUCUUGCAAGCAAACAGCAUGUUCCUCUGCCUCCCCUCGUUCCAGACAGCAAGCGCGUGGCGGGGGAAGGGAUGUUGGUAGCAAGGAUAGAGGGUGAGGCUGUGGAUAUUCUUACCGGCAGGACGGUUUCAAACGUCGUUGUACAGCUGAUCGAGAAGGACCAGCCGCUUCACUCGGGGAUCUCGAGGGCACUGAGCUCAAUCGCAAAGGGAUUUCAGGUUGUCGGGAUGACGGCGGCGAUUGAGGGGCGGUCGGAUUCUCCUGUGCCGGCUCUCUACUCCACCAUGACAGACCAGGACGGCAAGUUUGUCCUCGUCGGAGCUCCAGCAAUCUACAGCGUCUUUGGGGAGAAGGAUGGGUACGAUCCAGCGGAGAGCCAGGAGCACACGGCGAUACCUGGCUAUCCCGUGAGAAUCCGCCUGCUCAUGAACCCCUACCUUCCCGUAGGAGAAAUCCGAUUCGUCUUGGCGUGGGGGAAGAGAUGGUGGAACCCUCGCGCUCCGCUCGUCGAUCUUGAGCUUCAGAUCCUCACUCCGGGAGGAUGCCGAGUACGACUGGGCCUGCCUGCGGGUCAGAACGAGCCGGAUCUGGGACGAGACCUCAACCACGUGUGCGAUGAGGAGAAGAAGAGGGAAGACGUGGAGGCAGAUGACGUUGACGAUGGCGGCCCGUUAACCAUCGCCCUCGAGAACCUUGUGGAAGGGAGAUACUGGGUGUCUGUGGAGCUCAAGGAGAGUGAAGCAGGGCCUCUGGACGAGGCGACGAUGGAGCUCACUCAGUGCUCAAAGAUCAUGCAAGAGAACUCGAUCUCAGUCACGGUCUUCACACAUGACGGGGGGAGCCAACGGCUUGUGGCGUCAAGGGAUGGAGACAUUUGGAGCAACGGGAAGUGUGUGUGGGAAGUCGUUGCCGUCGACGGCAAGACGAUGGAACUGCAUCGUGUGUAUCCAAAGGGCCACGGGCUGACGAAUAAGAACGGCAAGAGCGCCUACGAGAGGUUCGUCCCAGGAUCGGACGGGGAGAGGGGAAGGAGGGCCCUGCAGGUGCCCCCGGAGCCGAGGGAGAAGAAGGAGGCUGGUGACUGGCCAAAGACUCCUCAGAACAUUCUGCAGAAUCCUUGCGAUGGCCCUUACGCGGACUGUCCCGAGGAGGCGCAGCCGGGGCCGUACGAAGACUUUCCGCAUGAGGAGGCGGGGGGGGAAGGAGAGGGAGCGAGUUCGGGUGCGACGUCGAGGGAGAGGAAGAGGAGCAGGAGCUCCAGGAUGCACUACUACGCUGGGAAAGAAGCUCAGCAUCUCCACUGGCCGCCCAUGGCAACGCAGGGAGGACGGAGUGAGGAGGUCAGAUCCCCAGCUGGGGUUGGAGCAGGAGUAGGAGCAGGAGCAGGAGCAGGAGCAGGAGCAGGAAAGCUCGACUAUCGCUCCGAUCCCAGCUACGACAAGAGGGACAAGCUUCAGUGGCCUGAGGGUCAGCAAGGAGGGGAGGGAGAUUGGAGGAGCAGCGAGGGGGAGGGGAGGAACGAGGACGAGGGAAGCAAGCCUGUUCCGUACCUUCACUGGUCAGAGAAUGUUGUGCCGGAGCACAGCAUGGCCUUCUACGGGGGCUCGGGCGCGCUUGCGAUCUAUCCCUUCAGGGGCAUGGCCGAGAUGCAGGUGAUCUGA